CCACACAUCCAGUUCCAUCUCUCACACGUCCAAAUCUCCCUCUUCCGCAGAAAACGUGAAUCCACCUUUGACCACGCUCCCGGCGCCGGCAUCGUAGUCUACCCCAUUCAUCUUCUUUUUCUACCUUUUGCUUUUGCUAUAGUUUCUUCUCCUCAUACUCAUACUCAUACUCAUACUCAUACCCGUACUUCGUGUUCUUAAGCAAAUAACUAAAAUUCUCUUGUCGAGCGAGAUCUUAUCUCGUCAUCCCCCCCUCCCUCCUCCUCUUCAAACGACCCUCUCCCCCGCCAACCCCUCGUCGGUCGAUCUUCCUCAUCUCUUCUCUCCUCUCUCUUCCGCUCGCCGUCCUGUCUCGUCCCAGCAACGCCUAGGCUUUUUUUUCUUUUCGAUCGAAUCGGCCAUAAAAAUCUAUAGUCAUGGGUCAGACUCUAUCAGAGCCCGUUGUCGAAAAGACUUCGGAGAAGGGUGAGGAUGAGCGUCUCAUCUACGGUGUUUCGGCCAUGCAAGGCUGGCGCAUUAGUAUGGAGGAUGCUCACACCGCAGUACUCGACCUCGACUCAGCCAAGUCUCACUCCAGCAAGCUGUCCUUCUUCGGUGUUUUCGACGGACAUGGUGGUGACAAAGUGGCACUAUUUACCGGCCAAAACAUUCACAACAUUAUCUUCAAGCAGGACACCUUCAAGUCUGGUGACUAUGCUCAGGGUCUGAAGGAUGGUUUCCUCGCGACCGAUCGCGCUAUUCUCAACGACCCCAAGUACGAAGAAGAAGUUUCCGGUUGCACAGCCUGUGUCAGCUUGAUCGCCGGCAACAAGCUCUAUGUUGCCAACGCUGGUGAUUCGAGAGGUGUUCUUGGUAUCAAGGGUCGUGCCAAGCCUUUAUCCCAGGACCACAAGCCCCAACUUGAGAGUCAGUCACAUCACUCACGCAACACGAGCGAUAGUACUGACAUCCACACUAGACGAGAAGAACCGAAUCACAGCUGCCGGUGGCUUUGUCGACUUCGGCCGAGUGAACGGAAACCUCGCCCUCUCGCGUGCUAUUGGUGAUUUUGAAUUCAAGAAGAGUGCUGAGUUAUCCCCCGAGAACCAAAUUGUUACAGCCUACCCCGAUGUUGAGCAACAUGACCUUACAGACGAGGAUGAAUUCCUGGUCAUUGCUUGUGAUGGUAUCUGGGAUUGCCAAUCCUCUCAAGCCGUGGUCGAGUUCGUCCGACGAGGCAUCGCUGCCAAGCAGGAGCUCGAUAAGAUUUGCGAGAACAUGAUGGACAACUGUCUUGCUUCCAACUCCGAGACCGGUGGAGUUGGCUGCGACAACAUGACCAUGGUCAUCAUCGGCUUCCUCAACGGAAAGACCAAGGAAGAGUGGUACGAGGAGAUCGCCCGCCGGGUCGCCAACGGAGAUGGCCCUUGUGCUCCCCCCGAGUACGCCGAAUUCCGAGGACCUGGAGUCCACCACAACUUUGAGGAUAGCGACAGUGGCUAUGAGAUGGAUCCUGAAAACAAGGGACGAAGCUUUGGAGUUGGUGGGUACCGAGGCCGGAUCAUUUUCCUCGGCGAUGGCACUGAGGUUCUUACGGAUUCAGAUGAUACAGAAAUGUUUGACAACGCCGACGAAGACAAAGACCUCGCCAGCCAGGUCACCAAAAACCCGUCAUCCGCCGAGAAGGACACCGCUCCUGUAACCGCCCCUGGCGCCGCCGCCGCCGAUACGAAACCCGCCGAUGCAACCAUUACGAAGCCCACCGACAAGGACGCAGCGGAGGAGGUGAGGAAGGAGGCCAGUGCCCAGGAAAUCAAGAAGGAAGAAUAGGUUGUGGUCUGAAAUUACGGGGUAACUGGUUUGAAUUCAACCUGGGUGUCGCUUCUUCUCCCUUGCACCUCCGGUUAUGUUUCUCGGAUCCCAACUUUCUGGGAAGUUUACAGGGCAAGUGGUAGAUGGUGGUCACGAGAGGGGGUUGUGAUAUUCUCAUGUUAAGUCUUGCAUCUCAACUUGUCGGUGUAUUGGUGUCAAACCUGGAUCUGGAUCGUGCGUACUUCAUCGACUUGCCGAGACGCAUCACGAGAAGAGCGAGACUCGGGAAAGAUAUCAUGUUCUGGGCUGAGGCGGAUACAAGGAAAGAAAGAAAGAAAGAAAGAAGAGCGAGAGAAUCCUUUUUUUUUUUUUUUUUUAAUGUUUAUGCACGCAUGGGAUUCCCAUUUUCUUCACGUCGCCAUGAGAUCAUCCGUCUCAUUCCAAUUUUCCAUUGCGAAUGCCAGUCUCCCCCCUCGCAAUGCUGGGAUGAUAUGCUCGAGUAUGGUUGGAUUGCUUUUAGAGGGAUCAAGAGGCAGUAUAGCAUAUACAGGACACUAACUGACGGCUCAAUUUUGUUUUAUGAACGGUAGGCUCGAUUCAUUCAGACGUGAGUUGGGAAAAAUCUAUGUCCAUAUUUCUGCAGGGGCUUUUAUUCUACUUCCACAUACUUGACACUUUUGUAAUGUAGGUGAACAUUGAACUGAUCUCGAGGGCAACACAGACUGCAGUUCUUAGUGCGAGAAGUAAAGAUUUAGUGUUCUCAUAACUUCGUUUUUAUUUAUCGAUGUUCUGGCUUUCGUCUCGCC